GUGACAGCGGAUCCGCAGCGCAGUCACUACACCUGACCACCGGAGGGGGACGCCCCACCUCAUUCAUCACGCGGAUUCCCACAAUGGCUUUAUUUCAGCUAUGGAUCUUCUUACUUUUUUGCAGUAUCGGACCCUGUGGCGCCAUCCACUGGCUCGGUCUCACAGUAAAUGGCAGUUCAGUAGCCUGGAAUGAGAGCGAGCACUGCAGACUACUUCAAGGAUUGGUUCCUGACCAAACGCAACUCUGCAAGAGAAACCUGGAGCUGAUGCUGAGUGUGGUUAAUGCAGCAAAACAGACCAAACUGACCUGCCAGCUGGCGUUCUCUGACAUGCGAUGGAACUGCUCAUCAAUUGAACUUGCUCCACACUUCACCCCUGACUUGCUGAAAGGAACCAGAGAGUCUGCCUUUGUGUAUGCCUUGGCCUCUGCAGCUAUUAGUCACUCCAUUGCCAGGGCCUGUGCUUCGGGGGAGUUACCCACAUGUUCUUGUGGUGCCACACCAGCGGAGGUUCCUGGACCAGGAUUUCGUUGGGGAGGAUGUGGUGACAACCUGCGUUAUGGACUUCAAAUGGGAUCUGCCUUUGUUGAUGCCCCAAUGAAAUCUAGCAAGUUUGGAACACAAGCUACCAAGCUGAUGAACUUGCAUAACAAUGCUGUUGGUAGACAGGUGCUAAUGGAUUCAGUGGAGACAAAGUGCAAGUGCCAUGGAGUGUCUGGGUCUUGCUCAGUGAAGACUUGCUGGAAGGGUCUUCAGAAUCUGCCACAUGUAGCUGAUGAACUGAAGUCCAAGUACUUGGCUGCAACUAAAGUCAUUCAUAGACAAAUGGGAAUCCGCAAAAUGUUGGUUCAUAAGGAGUUGGACAUCAGGCCGGUUAGAGAGUCCGAGUUAAUUUACUUGAAUAGCUCCCCUGACUACUGCACCAGAAAUCCUAAGCUGGGCUCAUAUGGAACACAAGACCGACUUUGCAACAAAACCUCAUUGGGCAGUGACAGCUGUAACCUGAUGUGUUGUGGCCGUGGGUACAAUGUUUAUACGGAAACCAUUGUGGAGCGCUGCCAGUGCAAAUACUACUGGUGCUGUUAUGUCAUGUGUAAGAAAUGUGAGCGGACAGUAGAGCGAUACGUCUGCAAGUGAAGUCAAUGUUCAGCAGUUAAUGCCCGAAUUACCUGACUGUCUAACCAUGAAAAUGUACCUGGUCUGAGGAGAUCCAAGUCUAUGACUGGACAAAUAUGGGGCAGUCUAGCGGAGCUGGCCUGAUCUGCUCCAAAGAGACAGCCCACUCAGCAGAGUAAUGCAGAGCACCAUGGAAUGGGAAGAAUGGAGAUGAUGCAUGCCAUUGGCACAGGGUACGGAGAUGUGGAUGCUUCAGCAGUGCCCCUAAAGUCAUGGGCUUCAAAUAAACCUGUAAUGCAUAUGGAUGUUAUGUAAAAUAUGUUUUAUUGUGUAUAUAUAUUUUAUAAAUUAUUUUUUUAAAAAUCAAUAUUUUUUGCUGCUGCAGAAAGUUGUCAUGUACAUUGAUUUAAAUCCUGUAUUUUCUGAGUGUCAGACUGCAGUUAUACAUUGCCCCACCUAUACUAUGUAUAGGUGUACAUA